CACCUGUUUGAAUUUCGGAAAUUGUUUCUGUAUGGAUGGCGCGUAUGUAAAGGUUGCAGUUGUUUAUGCUGUUAUCGAGAUAAAGUAUGACAGGUACCUGUAUAACAGCUCAUGAAAAGUUUGUAAAAUUAAGAAAACGGUUGGAUCAGCUUGGAUAUAAACAGCCAUUAGGCUUAGAUAGUCUACCAUUAGUGGAACGUUUAUUUUGUGAUUUGAUUUGGACAACUGAAAGUUUAAGAAAGAUUCAAAGUGAACUCUCCUCUCAGACUAAAAUACGAUCCACAGUUGAAGAUUAUAUUGCUCCAUAUAAAGCAGAUAAUGGUAGAUUAAUACGUGAAAAUAAUGAACUACAUCAUAAUUUAAUGAUCAUACGACAAAAUUAUGAAGAAAAAAUUCAAGGUUUGAAAGGUGAAUGUAGAAGAUUAGAAAAUGACAAUGAAGAUAUGAAAUAUUUUAAUUCUCAAUGUUUACAUAAGAUUGAAAUUUAUGAACAGAAAACAAAACGAAUGGUUGAACAAAUAUUAUAUUUGCAAGAAAAAAAUUUUCAGGCUGUUGUUUAUACUCCAGAUGGUAGUAAAAAGCAGUUACCAUUUAGACGUCAGCGAAUGGAUAUUGAUAGUUUGGCACCUCCUUCAACAGAAGCUAAGCGUAUAAAUGAUACGAAAAAUUACUGUUGUUCAAUAGCUCAAAUAUGGGCUAAAAAUAGUGGAAAGGAUAUACCUAAGACAUGUAACUUACUAGAGAUAGCAACAAGACGUUGUGAAGAAUUAGAGAAACAAAUACACAAUUUAGAAGAAGAAAUACAAUUAAACGAAAAGAAAGUCGAAAAUUUUCGCCAACAGAUUCUAUUAAGAGAUAGUGAAAUUGAACGAUUACGAAAUAUUUUAGAAAUUGGUCGAUCAUUAGAUAAUUUAAUGAAUGUUUCCAAUGAAAAACAAUCUGAUCAAUUAAUAAAUCAAUUACAAAUACAUGUUGAUCUAUUACAAUGUAGAAAUGCUGAAUUAGAAGCAUAUAAUAUAGAAUUAGUUAAUAGACAAAUUCAUAAUAAACAGUCUAUAAUGAAUUUAGUUAAUAAAGAGUGUCAAACAUCACCUUGUCAAAAUUCUAUUCAACUAGAUAAUUCAUGUCAAAUAAAUUCUAUAGAUGAGUUAUCUUGUGUAAAUUAUCAGAUAUCAAUGAAAUUAUUCAAGAAAGAAAUUUGUGAUUUGAUUGAAAAAUUUGAAAAUAAUCGACAAUGUUUAACUCAAAGUUCACAGUCAAUUAUUACUAAAAGCUGCGAUUUUACUCAUGAGCUGUCAAAGUGUAUACUUUCUUCAUCAUCUCAUAGUAAACAGUCAACUUGUGAUGGUAAUGAAAUUAGGAAGUCUAUGGAAAAACAUUUGAAUACUAUCAAAGUUGAAUGGAAUUAUUUUUAUUCACAGCUAGAACUUUUAACGGACAAUUUAAGAUGUUUAUCAGGUUAUUUUCAUAAGAAUGGUUUUGUAACUGGUGAAAAUAAAGUAUCAUUAGAUGAACUGAAAGAUACAACGGAGCAUAUUAACACGAUGAAACAUUUUUAUGAACCUCAACUUCGACGUUCACGAUCUGCAGAAGUUCACAAAGAUGAAAAAUGGGACUGUAAACAUUCCCUGAAUGAUGAAAUGAAGUUUUUACGUCAAGAACGUGAUGAUCUAGCUUCAUUACUGAAUCAUUUUGAACAACAGCUUUAUGAUAUACAAGGGAAUGUUCGUGUUCUCACUCAUGAACGUGAUAUGCUUACACAAGUAUUAUCAAAAACUAAACUUGACUUGUCAGAAGCAAAGAAAUGUUUCCUUGGUGAAUUCAAUCAGCAAGCGAAAUCUAUGCAUAAUUCAACACUUUUUACUAAUCAUUCACAAUUAUUCCUUUUGAAUUGGAAUAAAAAACUAGAAGCUGAACAUACUCAAACUGUUCAAAGCCUACAUCUUAUAACUACUGAAAGAGAUUCAUUAUGUGAACAACUACACACUGUAACUAGUCAAUAUGUCAAUGAUAAAGCUUAUUACUUGCAAUGUUUAGACAAUAGUAAACAGGAAUUAGAUACAGUUAAGCAGAGGGAACAUUCGCUGGAACAACGUGUUACAGAAUUGACAAAGUUGUUUGUAGAUACUGAAAGUGAACGUGAUAAGCUAAUUGAAAAAGUGAAUUGUCUUGAAAAGCAUCAUCAUUCGACUACUGAUGAAAUUAUAAACAUGGAAAGAAAAUUACAAAUUGUUCAAAAUCAAUUAGAAAAAGUUCAAAAAGAUUAUGAAAAAUCUUGCACUGAAUGUACUGAAUUACACAAUACACUUCGUCAAUUAGAUCAAGAGAAGGAUCAUAUUCAAAUGUGUUUAGAUGAACGAACAGAACGUUGUAUAACUUUAGAGCGUCAAUUAUUAGCUUGUGAUAGACAAAUAAAAGAUUUGAAAAAUAAUAUUAAUGCCUCAGAAAAGCGAAUAGUACGGCUAAUCGAAUCGGUUAAUGAACGUGAAACGGAAAAUCAUCAACUCUUAGAACGUUUAUCUAAAUCAGAGUGUGAUCUAAAAUCUACAUCAGAAAACCAGGAUCUUUUAACAAGAGAGAUAGAAAAGGCAAAGGCUGAAAUAGAUAAAUUGGUUAACGAAACACAACGACUUCAAACAGAAAUUGAUUCUUCUCAUGAAAAACAAAGUGAAUUAAUGAGAUGUAUAGAAGACAGUGAUAAAGAGCUGAAAAACCUUCGUGAUGUAUGUACUUGCAAAGAAAAAGAAAGGAUAGAGCUACUGCAAGAAUACAGGACAGUAACACUUCAAUUAAAUGAGAAAACAACUUUAAUUAAUCGUUUAGACAAUCAAUUGAAUGAUUUAACUCAAUUAUACUCUGUACAAGAUAAAGAAUUAUCAGAUUUACGUGAAGAAUCACAUCAAUUGAAAAAAGAAUGCUGUGAUUAUGCUCAAGUUGUACAUUCAUUAGAAGUUCAGUGUAGUUUACUCAAGAGAACUUCAUCAGAUUCUGAAGAACGAAUUAAACGUCUGCAAUUGGAUAAUGAAGAAAUGCGCCAAGAUUUAACAAAUACACGAAGUUUAUGUGAUCGUUUAGAACGUCAAGGAAAUUCAUUUCAACAACAAUAUACUAUAAGUAAUCUUGAAGUCAAUCAAUUAAGAGCAAAAUUAUAUGAAGCUGAAAGAGAACUGACUGAUCUUCGAAAACAGGUUGAUCAUGAACAUGAAGCUAUGCGAAGUUUUGAGUUUGUUUUAGGAUCUAGUCGUGAAGCAGAACAUGCAGCACAACUUGAAUUAAAAGAAUAUCGUAAUGAAGUGAGUACAUUACGUGAACUUCUAUCUACUAAAGAAGUUAAACUGUUAGAAUCUAACAAUGAAAUGAAAAAGUUGAAUAAACAAUUAUUAUCACUUCAAAAACAAUUGAAUAUUUAUUCAUCUACUGAUACUUUGUAUAAAUCAUCGAAUAGAUGUUCACCACAAAAAUCUUCAAAAUCUUUUUGUACAAAUAUUUUAGUUAUAUCUGAGAAUAAUUUUGAUUCAAAUAUUGAUUCAUUGCCUAGUCCUACAUCAUCUGUUGAAUUACCAAUUGAUUAUUCUAUCAUAGAACCUGUUUCUUCACCUAUACCAUGUUCAACAUGAAAAUAAAAUCAAGCUAUAAAAUUUAUCCCAAUCUGAUGGUUGUAAUACACUUAGAUCGGCUAAUCAAUGUCCCAAUGAAUAUGUAAUCUACUCUUCAGAUAUCAAUUACAACAUGUUGAUCAAUUCAAUAUCUUCAAAUGUAUACUGUUAAUUCGAACAGAAAUCUGCAAAUACAUUCAUAUUACAACUUGUAGAUAAGGCGUAAAGUUUGUUUACGAUUAUCUUUAGAAUGUAACCUGUUUGAAUUUGUAAAUGCGAAAGUAGUGGAUUAAAUUAACACUCAUCUUAGCAUUAUACUAAUUGAUAUUUGGUUGAAUAAUCAAACCUGACUUCAUAUUAAACUAGUUUUAAUCAUAUCAGUAAACUCUUUGAGUUUUGUUUAUUGAAAUUUCAAGUUACUAGUUAUUGUUUAUUCUCUUUGUUUUAUUAUUGUGGCCUUUUCCCGCCGUUUGUUCACUAGUUAACUGUAUAUAUACAUUGCUGCGUUUAGAAUUGUGCUUCUGCGCUAAAAUACUGGAUAGUGGUUUUAAUCAGUUUUCUAUUCAUGUCCUACCCCUCACAUGUUAACCCCAUUUCUGUAAGCCUAUAUCUGUUUAAAUGAGUUGCUUACUAGUGCAUUUUUCUCUGGAUUAUAAAAGAAUAUAUGUCAUGCAAUUUAAAUGAUUGUGAUUGAGUUGAGAACUAUUUCCUUACUAGCUAGGACUGAGGAGAGCUAGUAACGCAGCACCGUAUUGAGCAAUCUUGUGGACAUAUGUACAGUAAGCAAUAAGUCACACUUAUUGUGUUUGUGUGUGUGUGUGUGGUUGCCAAAACCUUGGCAGCUGGUGCCGAGGUCGAAUGUGUUCACCACUGGUUGGAAGUUGUAGCGUCAUAUAUGUCUCCAGAAUCAAUAGCCUAGGGUUCGAUGAGAUUCAACAUUGAUACUGAUCUUCAUAGUUUUAUCGAACUUGCUAAGCUGAAGGAACAUGGUCAAGCAUUCACGCUAUUUGGCACGCUGUCGUGUUAUGUUGCACUGCUUGUAAUCGACCAUGUAGCCAGCUUGUUGGAACAUAUCAGUAUUUUGGUACGACCUCGCAAAUAUACUAUUCCAUCCG